GCACAGGGCGGAAGCAUGUCCUCCCUCCCCGGGGGCGUUAGUUUGGAUGCAGCCCGCGCUGCAGCGGAGUCUGAGGACAUCGCCGAGCUGCAGCAGGCGGUGGUUGAGGAGCUGGGGAUCUCCAUGGAGGAGCUGCGCCGGGUCAUCGAUGAGGAGCUGGAGAAGAUGGACUGCAUCCAGCAGCGCAAGCAGCAGCUGGCCGAGCUGGAGUCGUGGGUGCUGCACAAGGAGGCCGAGGUGGCUCAUGUCGAUCGGCUGUUUGAUGACGCGUCCAGGGCAGUGACUAACUGUGAGUCUUUGGUGAGGGACUUCUACUGCACGCUGGGACUACAGUAUCACGACAGCAGCUCGGAGGAUGAAGCUUCACAGCCUACAGAAAUAAUUGAGAUCCCUGACGAAGAUGAUGAUGUCCUCAGUAUUGAUUCAGGUGAUGCUGGCAGCAGAACUCCAAAGGACCAGAAGCUCCGUGAAGCUAUGGCUGCACUAAGAAAAUCAGCCCAAGAUGUCCAGAAGUUCAUGGACGCCGUCAACAAGAAGAGCAGUUCUCAGGAUCUACAUAAAGGUCUGUGUAUAGGAGCCUUGGGUCAGAUGUCUGGAGAGCUGAGCAAAGAUGGAGACCUGGUAGUCAGCAUGCGGAUCCUGGGCAAGAAGAGGACCAAGACGUGGCACAAGGGCACCCUGAUCGCCAUCCAGACUGUCGGGCUAGGAAAGAAAUACAAAGUGAAAUUUGACAACAAAGGAAAGAGUCUGCUGUCUGGGAACCAUAUUGCCUAUGAUUACCACCCUCCCGCUGACGAGCUGUUUGUGGGCAGUCGAGUGGUGGCCAAGUACAAAGACGGCAGUCAGGUCUGGCUCUACGCGGGCAUUGUAGCUGAGACCCCCAACGUCAAGAACAAGCUCCGAUUUCUCAUUUUUUUUGAUGAUGGCUAUGCUUCCUAUGUUACGCAGGCAGAGCUGUACCCCAUUUGCCGGCCACUGAAGAAGACUUGGGAGGACAUAGAGGACAGCUCCUGCCGGGACUUCAUCGAGGAGUACAUCACUGCCUAUCCAAACCGCCCCAUGGUUCUUCUCAAGAGCGGCCAGCUUAUCAAGACUGAGUGGGAGGGCACAUGGUGGAAGUCUCGCGUGGAAGAGGUGGACGGCAGCCUCGUUAGGAUCCUGUUUCUGGAUGACAAAAGAUGUGAGUGGAUCUACCGAGGCUCCACACGCCUGGAGCCUAUGUUCAGCAUGAAGACAUCCUCAGCCUCUGCAAUGGAAAAGAAGCAAGCGGGGCAGCUCAGAACCCGCCCUAAUGUGGGUGCUGUGAGGAGCAAAGGCCCUGUGGUUCAGUACACACAGGAUCUAACAAGCACUGGAACCCAGUUCAAGCCUGUGGAGCCCCCACAGCCUGUAGCCCCACCUGCCCCACCCGCCCCACCCGCUGCACUUCCUCUUUCCCCGCAAGCAGGUGACACCGAAAGCUUAGAAAGCCAGCUUUCUCAGUCUCGGAAGCAAGUGGCCAAAAAGAGCACGUCGUUCCGGCCAGGGUCUGUGGGCUCUGGCCAUUCUUCCCCGGCCUCACCCACACUCAGUGAAACUGCGCCUGCUGGGAAACCUGGGAUCAACCAGACGCACAGAUCACCUUUGGCCUCAGUGACAUCUACCCCAGCCCCCGCAGGGCCUGCGGCUCCUCCAGCCUUCCAUGGCAUGUUAGAGCGGGCACCAGCCGAGCCGUCCUACCGUGCCCCCAUGGAGAAGCUUUUCUACUUACCUCAUGUCUGCAGUUACACUUGUCUGUCGCGGGUCAGACCCAUGAGGAGUGCGCAGUACCGGGGCAAGAACCCUCUGUUAGUCCCGCUCCUGUAUGACUUCCGGAGGAUGACAGCCCGGCGGAGAGUUAACCGCAAGAUGGGGUUCCAUGUUAUCUAUAAGACACCCUGUGGUCUCUGCCUUCGGACAAUGCAGGAGAUAGAACGCUACCUUUUUGAGACUGGCUGUGACUUCCUGUUCCUGGAGAUGUUCUGCUUGGAUCCAUAUGUUCUUGUUGAUAGAAAGUUCCAGCCCUUUAAGCCUUUUUACUACAUUUUGGACAUCACUUACGGCAAGGAAGAUGUUCCCUUGUCCUGUGUUAAUGAGAUUGACACGACUCCCCCACCCCAGGUGGCAUACAGCAAGGAGCGCAUCCCUGGCAAGGGUGUUUUCAUUAACACAGGCCCUGAGUUUCUGGUUGGCUGUGACUGCAAGGAUGGGUGUCGGGAUAAAUCCAAAUGUGCCUGCCAUCAGCUAACUAUCCAGGCCACGGCCUGUACCCCAGGAGGUCAAAUCAACCCUAACUCUGGCUACCAGUACAAAAGACUAGAAGAGUGUCUGCCCACAGGGGUUUAUGAGUGUAACAAACGCUGCAAAUGUGACCCAAACAUGUGCACAAAUCGGUUGGUACAGCAUGGACUGCAGGUUCGACUACAGCUAUUCAAGACACAGAACAAGGGCUGGGGCAUCCGCUGCCUGGAUGACAUUGCCAAAGGCUCUUUUGUCUGUAUUUAUGCAGGCAAAAUCCUAACAGACGACUUUGCAGACAAAGAAGGGCUGGAGAUGGGUGAUGAGUACUUUGCAAACCUGGACCACAUUGAAAGUGUGGAGAACUUCAAGGAAGGAUAUGAGAGUGAUGUUCCCACUACUUCUGACAGCAGCGGGGUGGAUAUGAAGGACCAGGAAGAUGGCAACAGCGGUUCAGAGGACCCUGAAGAAUCCAAUGAUGACAGCUCGGAUGACAACUUCUGCAAAGACGAGGACUUUAGCACCAGCUCAGUGUGGCGGAGCUAUGCCACACGGCGGCAGACCCGGGGUCAGAAGGAGAACGGACUCUCUGAGGUGGCUUCCAAGGACUCCCGCCCCCCGGACCUCGGGCCUCCACACGUCCCUAUCCCGCCCUCAGCAUCUCUCGGGGGCUGCAAUCCACCUUCCUCUGAAGAGACACCCAAGAACAAGGUGGCCUCGUGGCUGAGCUGCAACAGCGUCAGUGAAGGGGCAUUUGCCGACUCUGAUAGCCGCUCCUCCUUCAAGACCAGUGAAGGUGGGGGAGGCCGAGGAGAGGCUCAGGCCUCAGGCCUGAGCUUCAAGGAUGAAGGAGACAGCAAGCAGCCUAAGAAAGAGGACAGUGAUGAUCGAAAAAAGAUGUCAGUGUUUCCUGAAGGCCCUCAGAACCAUGCACACAAGUCUGAAGGGCUUCGCCGGCCAGCUAGCAAAUCCUGCGUGCCCCAAAGCCGGCUACUUGUGGCUUCUACUCAGUCAAACGCUGAUGACAUCCUGACCCUGUCCAGCAGCACAGAAAGUGAGGGGGAAAGCGGAACCAGCCGAAAGCCCACUGCUGGUCAGACUUCAGCCACAGCCAUUGACAGUGAUGACAUCCAGACCAUCUCUUCUGGCUCUGAUGGCGAUGACUUUGAGGACAAGAAGAACUUGUCUGGACCAGCGAAGCGCCAGGUAGCAGUGAAAUCAACUCGAGGCUUUGCUCUUAAAUCAACCCAUGGGAUCGCCAUUAAAUCAACCAACAUGGCGUCUGUGGACAAGGGGGAGAAUGCUCCGGUUCGUAAGAACACACGCCAGUUCUAUGAUGGAGAGGAGUCCUGCUACAUCAUUGAUGCCAAGCUGGAAGGCAACCUAGGCCGCUACCUCAACCACAGUUGCAGCCCCAACCUGUUUGUCCAGAAUGUCUUCGUGGAUACCCAUGACCUUCGAUUCCCUUGGGUGGCCUUCUUUGCCAGCAAGAGAAUCCGGGCUGGAACAGAACUCACUUGGGACUACAACUACGAAGUGGGCAGUGUGGAAGGCAAAGAACUACUGUGCUGCUGUGGGGCCAUUGAAUGUAGAGGACGGCUUCUUUAGAGGAAAACUCUCCUGUAACUUUGGAAAUCCUUGGAUUCCUUCCCCCAGGAACUGGGUCUUCCUGACUCUUGAACUUUGACCCCAAGUCUCUGGUCUGGCUUCUCCCCAACUCCUAGUAGAUAGAAUUGGGGAUUUCUGGAUCAUGACUUUGCCAGUGUGGUGCUAGCAGGCACUAGGGUGGAGACAUGCCCACUCUAGCCUUGGUCUGAGAUCCCUCUCCCCCUUGAUUUAUUUGUGUGCUCAUGACCCCCAUGGGUUGGGUUGUGUAUCUGCCAUCUCUGGUUUGUAUAGUUUCUUGAAAUUCUUGUAACAAGAUAAUAUACUAGAGAUUGUGACUUGUUUUCUCUCCUCAGUCCCUGUCUAGAUGUUCCCAGGAGAACCCAUGUUUUCCUAGUGGGCAGCUAUCAUUAAUUACUCUGAAUCCUCUCUUCUAUUUGCCCUGUGUAAUUUUUAACAAAAAGUGUUACAUAACCCUGAGGACAGCCUAAGA